AUGGCGCUCCUCCCUUGCAUUGCCAUCGCUGUGCUGCUCUCUUCCUCGCUGGCGGCGGCGGUGACGGGGCCGCCGGGCACGAUCGAGCGCAUCACCAAGCAGCAGAUCCUGGCGAGCAUCCCGCCGGGCGGCCACGGCGCCGGCGCCGGCGACGUCCACCCUCCCGUGCUGUUCCUCACGUCGCCGGCCGGUAAGUACGAGGCGUACUUCGUGCGUUCCCACACCGUGCCUGGCGCUGGCGGGCUGGGCGCCGACUUCUGCUACGUGGAGGUGGUCGCCACCAAGGCCGGCGAGGCGGCCGCCGGGGUGAGCGUGUGGGAGUCGGAGUGCCGGCCGGUGAGCACGGUGAACACGUGCACGCUGCUCUUCUCGUGGCAUGGGCUGGAGGUGUUCGACGGCAGCACGGAGGUGUGGCACGGCGAGACCAACACCGACGGCACCAACUUCUUGCAGAGGCUCGAGCUCGUCGACGACGGCGACAUGCGCAUCCGCGACAAGGACGGCGAGCUCGCGUGGCGCGCCAGCGACGAGCCCCGCCACGCGCAGCACUGCGGUGCGCCGGGCUCCCCCGGCCUCGCCACCGCGUUCCCGCCCUUCGCCGAGCCCAUCGGCGCCCACAGCAGCGACCUCCCCUUCGGGCUGUUCCCCGGAGGCAACGGACGCGCCGCCCAGCUGCCGCAGGCGGCGGAUGCCGCCAGCGGAGUCGCCGGGGGGGCGCUGGGCGGCGCCGGAGCAGUUGCUCCAUUGCCGGGAGCCACGGUCGGCGACGCGGCGGUCGCGCCAUUGCCGGGAGCCGUCGGCGGCGACGCAGCGCUCGCACCAGUGCCGGGCGACAUGAGCGGCGACGCGGCUCUUGCACCAUUGCCUGGGGCCCUGGGCGGCGUCGACCCGGCGCUCGCGCCAUUGCCGGGGGACAUAAGUGAUCCUACUGUUGCUGGCGCCGCCGCUGGGGUGGUGGGUGCUGCCGGCACCGGCGCCGGCGCCGUCGCGGCGACGACGGGGGCGUUCGGCAGCCAGCCACUGGUGGACAACAGCCCCUACGACAGCGGGGCGUGGAAGAUCGACGGCCACCUCGCCGCCAUUGUCGUCGCUCUGUUCGUCGGCGCAAUCUGAGGCUUGAGAUGCUCCAUGGGAAUUAAUUUGAGCUUUGAGGAGGGCAAGCAUGCAUAUUGGCAUCUUAUUUGGGUAAUUAAUCGGUGUGCGUUUUAAUUUUUUUUUCUGUAUGGGUUGUAACUUGAUCGUCCAAUUUAGUGUUUUCAUCUGGGGUUAAUCAAUCGCAAAAAAAUUGUAAUCAAAUAUACUUGUUCGAAUUUUAUUUCAUCAAUGG